GAGGUUCUGGAGGUUCGGUUCGGAGUGUUCGCGCUGCCGGAGCUCGGACUCAGCUCGGAGGACCGGAGCCGUGCGCGCGCAUCGACGCGGAGACGAACAACAACUUGGAGUGAGCGUAAAAAUUUCUUCGAUCUCAGCUAAACAUGGACUACCCUGAAGACUUCGCGCUGCAGCCGUACAAUUUAUCGUUGUUUCUGAACAACUUCAGUUACCCUCAAAAUGACACUGACUACCUGCCAAUGGGGGUGAAGGUCACCAUCGUGGUCGUCUACAUGAUCGUGUGCGUCAUUGGUCUGGUGGGAAACUUCCUCGUCAUGUAUGUCAUCAUAAGGUACACCAAGAUGAAAACAGCCACCAACAUCUACAUCUUUAACCUGGCACUGGCUGACUCGCUCUUUCUGGCUACGCUACCUUUCCAGGGCACUGAUUUGUAUCUGGGCUUCUGGCCAUUCGGGAACACUCUGUGCAAAGUGAUGGUGUCCAUCGACUACUACAACAUGUUCACCAGCACCUUCACGCUGACGGUGAUGAGCAUGGACAGGUACGUGGCUGUGUGCCACCCUGUCAAAGCGCUGGACAUGAGGACUCCUCACAAGGCCAAGGUGGUGAACAUCUGUGUGUGGGUGCUGGCGUCCGCCUUCGGAGUUCCAGCGACGUUCCUGGGAAAUGUGGAAGAGCACGAGAACAGUUUGGAGUGCAUAGUGGCUCUGCCCGAGCCAAAGAGCCACUGGGAUCCCGUCUUUGGUACCUGUGUCUUCGUCUUCUCCUUCCUCAUCCCUGUGGCCAUCAUCAGCAUCUGCUACAGCCUGAUGGUCAAACGCCUGCGCAGCGUCCGUAUCCUGUCUGGCUCCAAGGAAAAGGACCGAAACCUGCGGCGCAUCACCAGGAUGGUUCUGGUGGUGGUGGCGGCAUUUGUGGUGUGUUGGACCCCGAUCCAAAUCAUGGUCCUGGCUCAGUUUCUGGGCUUCAACCUGAGUAGCCUAUUCACAGUGGUCCUCAUGCACUUCUGCAUCGCGCUAGGCUACGUCAACAGCAGCUUGAAUCCCGUGCUCUACGCCUUCCUCGAUGAAAACUUCAAGCGCUGCUUCCGAGAGUUCUGCCACCCGUCUCCAUUCCGCCUCGACCCCCAGCAGUCUGGCAGGAUGAGGAGCAUCGCCAGGGAGGUGGCGGCCGCCUACAGCUGCAAAGCCGGAGACGGCGGGGGGCUGGGGGGAGGGACGCCGAAUCCGGCAUGA